CUAGAGCCAAAUCACCAUACUUCACCUGUUUCUCAUAGCUUUUCUCCUUGUGUGUCUCUCUGUUCUCUCUGUUCGUGAAUAAACUCGAGCUUUUGGUGAUUUGACCACAUAAUUUACAGGUUUUUGAAGAAAUCUUGUUUUCGAGGCUCGGAUUCUGUUCAUUGUCAGGAAAUGGCACAACGGCCAGUGGUACCACAGUUCGGCAACUGGGAUACAGAGAAUAAUACUCCUUACACGAUUUACUUUGCUGAGGCUCGCAAUGCUAAAAAUGGAGGGAAGAUGAUAAAUCCAAAUGACCCGAUGGAGUAUCCGGGCAUGUUUCCUAAUUUAGCUCAAGAGUCGCCUUCUAGAGCUAGAAAUGUGCCCGAGGAACCAAAAGGUAGGACAGCAGUUAGACCAACAAUAAAUGUGCCCGCGGAACCAAAAGGUAGGACAACAGUUAGACCAACAAUAAUUCGCAAUCAAUCAAGGGAAAAUGGUAAUAACAAUGUUGGUCGUCAGAGAGGUACGGGGUCUGGUCAGAACCGCGGAGGCAGUGGAUUAGGCUCUGGUCAGCCUGGAAGGCAAAAUGGUGAAUCGGUGCAUAGCAUUGAUCGGUCACCACUCCAUCCACAGUACCAGGCAAAAUGGAAUGAGAAGAGUAGCGGUUCUCCUGCUUGGGAAAAUAAGUAUUCGAAUGAAAGUAGCACUGCCACACCUGGAAGAUCCAGAAUGAGGCCAGUUUCUCCGCGAGUUCAAUAUCCUGAUAAAGUUGCUGCAGUGCCGAUAUUUGGUGGCUGGGAUGAGAAUGAUCCUGCAGCAGGCGAAAAUUAUACCUUCGCAUUCAAUAAUGUACGCCAUGAAAAGAACUCAGGCUCACCGAUGGUAUCAAACAUGACUGCAGAACAAGCUUAUGCGAAUAAGCAAAAGCAAAAUGAUCGCAACAAAAAUAAGUCCAUGAGCAGGUGGUUUCCAUGCUUCGGGAAGUAAGCACCAGCAACUUCCAUAUAUGCUACUACAAGUACAAGUUGUUUGUUACCUGUUCCUAGCGGUGAAGCCUUUCUAGAGGAAAGCAGAGCUUAUAUGAAGAAUAUUAGCGCGUUCUCUGAUAUCUAGUCGUGUUCUUCUACAGGCGAUGAAUGAGUUUUCAUUUUGUGUACCGAUAUCAAAGAUCUUCUUUUCUUUGGACCUUCACCUUGUAUACUUGCAGGUCUUUUUUUAUGGUUUGUGUAUAAUGAUGUAAUAGUUCAAUUAAAUCUUUCUAUGAUUGCUUCUC